AUGCAAGUACUUAAUCACAAAAAACCAUAUGCUCAAAAAAGUCAAAAAACUGCCCUAUUGCAAGCAAAUAUUCAAAACUGUUCCAAAGAUAAAUCAGAAAAUGAAUUUAAAGAAAAUAUCAACAAUGUACUCCAACAAAAUGCAAAUGUACUUCUCAUGAAAAAUAUAAAUGAAGACAUAUCUAAACAAAAAAAUAAACAAAGUAAUAGCCCAAAACUAGUUGACCAAGCAAAUUUUGUUUAUACAAAACUUUCAAGCUAUAAUGUAAAGAAUCGAAGUUUAAAAAAAAGAAGAAUUUUGGCAGAUUUAGAAAUAAAAAGACUUUUAAAUAAAUUGGGUUCAAUUAAUCCAUCUUUAGCCAAAAAUGGUGCCAAUUCUUUCAUUUCUUUAACAAUUGCAUUGAAAUUAUUUAAUCGAGUUUAA